GCGGGCGCCGGGGCGCCGCCGCCUAAAAGAGACCCCCGCGGCAAUCAAAAACGCACCGCUCCUACAACAUCGGCGGACCAGCCAGCCAUGGCCCAGCUGCGCGUCGCCCCCGGCGGCGAGCACGUGCUCCCGAAGGAGCCCCCGCAGACGGGCGGCUUCGACUUCGGGCUGGCGGCGCGGAACGCGCGGCUCGCCGCCGCCGCCGGCGCGACGGCAAGCAUGCCCGAGCCCAUGUCGACGGGCACGACCAUCUGCGGCGUCGUCUACGCCGGCGGCGUGGUCCUCGGCGCGGACACGCGCGCCACGGGCGGCUCGGAGGUCGCCGACAAGAACUGCGAGAAGAUUCAUUACCUCGCGCCGAACAUCUACUGCUGCGGCGCGGGCACGGCGGCGGACACGGAGAAGACGACGGAGCUCAUCGCGUCGCAGCUCGAACUGCUGCGGCUGGGCACGGGCACGCAGUCCCGCGUCGUCGCCGCCACGACCCUCCUCAAGCGGACGCUCUUCCGGUACCAGGGCCACGUCAGCGCCGCGCUCGUGCUCGGCGGCGUGGACUGCACCGGCCCCUCGCUGUACCAGAUCUACCCCCACGGGUCGACGGCCAGGCUCCCCUACGUGACCAUGGGCUCCGGGAGCCUCGCGGCGAUGAGCGUCUUCGAGACGCGCUACGCGGAUAACCUGGACGAGGCGGCGGCGAUCGCGUUGGUCAAGGACGCCAUCCGCGCGGGCAUCUUCAACGACCUCGGCUCCGGUUCUAACGUCGACGUCACGAUCAUCCGGACGGGCGGCGAGGCGACGGUGCUCCGCGGCUACGAGACGCCCAACGACACGCGGCCGCUGCGCGAGGCUUAUGUGAGACCCAAGGCCCUCGUCCCCGUCAAGGCGACGGCCGUGUUAUCGACGCAAGUCGAGGUGACGGACGCGGACGCGAUGGAGCUCUAGCCGGGCGUAAGGAUUAGGUUACUUCAA